AUGUGUGAGACUGAACAUUCUGAAGCUGCUUCGAAAAAUUUCGAAGAUGACGAACCACCAGCAAAGAAGCCACCACCAACGAUACAGCUUGAUGCUGGUUUCAAAUGGAAUUUACAGGCGUUGGCCAAGGCGGCGGAGUCUGUCGAAACCGGGGGGAAGUCCCCGGUGUCGGCUCUCAAUGAGUUGGGCGUGAGGGUGUCCUACAGUGUGCUCAGGCAGGGCGGCCCCGCCCACUGCCCUAGCUUCACCGUCGCUGUUACUGUAGCGGAUAUGACCUUUGAGGGUUGGGGUCACAGUAAAAGGGAGGCACGAGCGUCGGCCGCAAGAACAUGCCUGAGUGCCCUUUUGGCUCGCGCGGGAAGAGUACUCCCUAACCCUGGACCACAACCUGACUUCACAAGCGAUGAGCCACCAAAGUACCCAGUGUCCGAAUUUCAGUGCAUCGAAACCAAGAUACAGCCACCUGAAGUGAAUGACAAGAAGGCGUGUGCACCUUCCGGCCUCUUCGGGCCAUCAGUGUCUCCAGUCCACAAGAGCCCCAUAAACACCCUCUACGAGAACUACCCUGGUAUCACGUUUAUCUGCACCUUCGGCGACGGAUCUCCUCUGGAUACAGUGCAGGCUCCAGUCCAACUGAGCCACAGUAUGCGGUUCAAAGUAGUUUGUCAGAUUAAAAAUCAGACUUUCGAAGGAUAUGGGUCGAGCAAGAAGCUGGCCAAGCUGGCGGCGGCUCGCUCUGCCCUCGGGGAGAUGUGCGAGCGGGGAGCGGCGCAAGCCAGGCCUUCUGCUUCGGACGCCCUGCCGCAGGCGCUGGCUGACCACAUCGCCAAGUUGGUCAAUGAGAAAUUCAAUGAAAUAAUGAAAGGUGACCUCGUGCACUCCAAGAGGAAGGUCCUCGCAGGCAUCGUGAUGACCAUCGAGAACAAGAUCGAGGGGGCCAAGGUGAUCGCAGUGACGACGGGCACGAAGUGUGUGUCUGGCGAACAUAUGUCGGUUCGAGGCCGGGCCGUGAACGAUUGCCACGCAGAGGUAGCGGCGAGGAGAUGUCUACAGCGCCAUCUGUACGCACAAUUAUUGAUGUACGCGAACGCUGCAGACCCGACCGUCCCCAUACCCGAGUCGGACAUCGAACCCUUCCCGGGCGGGGGCUACCAACUGCGGCCGGACCGCCAGCUGCACCUGUACGUCAGCACGGCCCCCUGCGGGGACGGCCGCAUCUUCAGCCCCCACGAGCACCACGAGACCGAGCCCGACAGGCAUCCCAACAGAUUAGCACGUGGUCAGCUCAGGACUAAAAUAGAGUCUGGUGAAGGAACCAUACCCGUGAAGAACUGCACCAACAUCCUUCAAACUUGGGAUGGCGUUUUACAGGGCGAGCGGCUGCUGACCAUGUCGUGCUCGGACAAGGCGGCGCGCUGGUGCGUGUCGGGGCUGCAGGGCGCGCUGCUGGCGCGGCUGCUGCGGCCCGUGUACCUGCGCUCGCUGGUGCUGGGCUCGCUGCUGCACCACCACCACCUGCACAGGGCGAUCUGCGGUCGCAUAGAGGGCUAUAUAUCAGCCCUGCCACCCCCCUACCAGUUGACAAGGCCUCUCCUAGCGCGCGCGGCUAGCACUGAAGCCAGAACCCCCGCCAGGGCGCCGUCCUUUAGCGUCUGCUGGUCCAUAACAUCACCGCUGCCAGAGAUUAUAAAUGCGACAACCGGGAAACUGGAAAACGGUCAUCCGUCGCUACUCUGUAAGCAGAGCAUGUUCGCGCGCUGGCAGUAUCUUGUGAGGCGAUUGCCGCUUUUACCUCAGGAUCCUGACGGGCCGCCUCUACCGCCGUUACCAAAGAACCUAGAUUACCUCUUGUACAACGAGGCAAAGGCGUUGUGUACCACAUAUCAGGUAGCAAAAGAUACCCUGACCGCUGCCUUCGAACGCGCCCAGCUAGGUAGGUGGAUAAAAAAGCCAAUAGAGCAGGAUCAGUUCCAGUGCGAGAUCCUUGGAGCCGACCCCACCUUACUGUUCGCCUAGGCGGGUGGUGCUCAGGGCAGUAACAUUGUGCAGAUAAACGCGGGACGUAGUACCGAUACAGACAACACAGCCUCCAAUCUUAAUAAUGCAUAUGAGAAAACGGUCAGUAAAAAUUACGAUAAAA